CUUUAAAUGCUCUCUCAACGCUGCACUGUAUCUUUACAUAGAGCAGUACUUUUAUAUUUUUCAUUUCUUUUAGUACUAUAUAUAUAAUAACUAUAUGUAGAUAAGAACCUUUUUGCUACCGGCUGGCUUCCCAUUUCCAGAAAUACUUGUUCUAUCUAAAUGGCUGACUCAGAACACUCUUCUUGUGAUGACAAUUUUGCUCACUCUCAAGGUCAAGAAGAAAUUACUAGUGAGGAACCAAUUGCGCGUGAAGUUGAGCUUCGGUUCUCUGAAGACGAGGAAUCACUUAUCAUCAGAAUGUACAAUCUAGUUGGAAAAAGAUGGUCACUUAUAGCUGGAAGAAUUCCGGGAAGAACAGCAGACGAAAUUGAGAAGUACUGGAUGUCUAGGAAUAGGAACUCUAACCACUCCGUCAUCACACUCGAACAUUCAACAACUUAAACCAUUUAUUUGGCUUCAUUCCUUUCCUUUUCCUGCUACUAGUUACCACCACAGAUUAUUAUUAUUAGUUUCUUAAUUUACAAUAAUUUUUAAUUUCAUCCUCAUCUCAACUUAUUGUACUUUCUGUGAGCUAGGGUUCAAUGUUUCAAUAAGACGGUGUGUUGAAUUUGAUUGAUUGAAA